UUCCUCACAUUGCACACACACACACGCGUAAUGUCAACGGGGCGGGGCUAGCGUCCCUGACGUUGUGUUGUGAAUUGAUUGAGUUCGGCAGCUGAGGAACGUGCGGACACACUGCAAGCGGCACAGAGGCGAAAUCACAGCAACUUAGUCGUAGAAAACGGGUCACUGAUCUGCCAGCUGCAAAACAAAGCGCAGGUUAUGUAAUGCAAUAGAUUCUAGAAUAUAGCUGACAUCUAUUUUGUUCCCCACAGGGACAAACUACUGGGGGCACCAAACCGUUGGGAUUUAUUUUGGGGACAGCAGACUCAAAAAAAAAAAAAAAAAAGCGAACAAUAGCUGAGCCCCGAAACGCACUAUCCUUUCUUUAGGAAAUAAUCCGGUUUGGGGCUACACGCACGCGGGAGUCGACUAGUGAACGGGGUUGAAUCAGGGUUUGCUUGAUUCUACGGGGAUUGUAGGGAUAAAUUUGAUGCUGGAUAUUGGAAAUUAUUACAACAAUAACAUAGAAAGCUGCACAAUAACUAGUAAGCGGUCUGUCAGAAAGGCAAGGCGACCGAUACGCUCUUUUUCACUUCCUCUGUCUCUGUGUUUCGCUUGGGCUGGUGUAAUUCUCCGUUCCCAACUGUGCUGUCCCAGCUGUCAGGUCGGUCACAGGACAUCCACACCAGGACUGUGCACCCACUAUUGACUUUCGCCCGAUUGGGGUUACCCAACUGUGACUCGAUUUGCACAUCAAACCGGAUAUCAGUGCAAGUCCUCGGCGAUUAGAAUCUCUUCAUAUUGGGGUUCCACCAGAAAUGCGACCUUUUUUUAUUGACUUCAACCUUCUGGAAUCUCAGAUUUUGUUUUAAAGCCAUGGUGCUGGGUGUGCGAUGGACAGCCCCUCUUCUGCUGCUCCUGCUCUCCCUGCUGGGGGACGGAUCCUCCCAGAAUUCCAGCACUUCGCGGGGCUGUGGCCUGGACCUGCCUCCCCGCUACGCUGCCCUGUGUGACCUGGAGGCUGUGUGGGGCAUCGUGCUGGAGGCGGUAGCGGGGGCAGGAGCACUGACUGCCCUGCUGCUGGCCCUCAUCCUGCUGGGUCGUCUGCCCUUCAUCACGGAGCAGGACAAGAGGAGCCCCGUCGGGCUGCUGCUGCUGCUGCUGCUGGGGGUCCUGGGCCUCUUCGGCCUGAGCUUCACCUUCAUCAUCCAGCCCGACAAUGAGGUGUGCAUCGCCCGCCGCGCCCUCUGGGGGGUGCUUUUUGCCCUCUGCUUCUCCUGCCUCCUGGCACAGGGCUGGCGUCUGCGGAGGUUGGUGCGCCACGGGAAGGGCCCUGGAGGGUGGCAGCUCUCCUGCGUGGCACUGAGCUUGACGCUGGUGCAGGUGAUCAUUGCCACAGAGUGGCUGGUUCUGACGGUGGUCCGGGAGGGGAAGCAGGCCUGCGACUACCAGCCGGUGGACUUCACGCUGGCCUGUGGCUACGUCAUGGUCCUCCUGUCCACCUCGCUGGCGCUGAGUCUCUUCUCGCUCUGUGGGAAGUUCCACAAGUGGAAGCGCAACGGCGUCUGCUUGAUCCUCGCCUCCUUCUUCUCUGUGCUGCUCUGGGUAGCCUGGGCUGGCUUCUAUCUCUACGGCAACUCGGCACUGGGCAGGUCCCCUGUGUGGGACGACCCCAGUCUGGCUGUGGCCCUGAUUGCUAAUGGCUGGGUCCUCCUGCUGUUCCACGCCAUCCCCGAGGUGCACUGCUCCGUCCUGCCAGCUCCCCCGCCCAGCGCCCCGGAUUACUUCGACACCUCCCAGCUCCCCCCGCGCCUGCGCGAGACCAGCUUCGACGAUGAGGUCCCCCUGCCCCACCGGCCCUUCGUGGAGAACAAGGCCUUCUCCUUUGACGAGCACAGCGCAGCUCUCCGGGCAGGGGGGCACCGCAAUGGCAGCCUGGGCACCCGCCCCAGCGCCCCCUUCCGGAGCAAUGUGUACCAGCCCACCGAGAUGGCCGUUCUGCUCAACGGGGGCACGAUCCCUUCUGCCCCACCAAACUACACCGGGAGGCACCUGUGGUGAGCAGGCAGAGCUGUGCAGAAUGCGCCAGAUCCGUACUGCGUGACAGGGGUCCAUACCUGGAGCUGUGAAGAGAGUUUCAACCCUUUGAGGGUGCAGACAGGACUGUAUUGACUGCACCCGAGGUCUGGGUGUGAGGACAUGUGGAAGUGGAGGACGGCUUAUCUCACUAUAUUAGUGCUGCUGUGCAUUGUAAACAACUUUCAAUAGGCUUGCUAGGAAACGGGUGUUUAGGGAGGAUUUUAGGACGGCUGGCGGGUUUUUCUUGGUGGCCCCUCGGACUUCAGUAGCUAACAGGGUGUCAUUUACUCUUUCUUUUUUUUAUUCUACUGCUUUGAAAAAAGUGCAUGGCUAUUAAUGCAUCCCCCAUAUAUAACCUUUAUCGAUUUCCACAAGGAGAAAGGAUCAGGUGUGUACUACAAAAAAAUACAGAUUUGUUUAUUAUUAUUAUUAUUAUUAUUAUUAUUAUUAUUAUUAUUAUUUGUAAUAAAUAUUAUUUUAAAUAUGAACAAGUGUCAUCUUUCCCCAAUGGCAAAAAAAAGUUAACUUUGAGAAAUUAAGAAAUCAAGAAAUAUGAUCUGGCGCUGGGAAAAGAUAUCAAGAUAAUAUUCUGGCUGUGCAUGCGUGUGGGGGUCAUAUGUUACUGGGACAGCUGAGGACAGGCAAUCCUGAACCUGACUGACCCCAACCUUCACCAAAGGGCAUCAUGCAUUUAUAAAGCACCUUCACUAAUGAGGCAGCGUCUCAAUCUCCUAGUUAUACAAGCAGACAGCUCUAAACUAACUGGCUUGACUGAAACCAACUGGCUUGAUCUGCGAGUUCAUUUAAAUCACAGACUCAAGCCAGUAGAGGUUCCAGUAGGACAGCACCACAUUUCACCGUAACCCAUUGUGAAUUUGAGGCCAUUUUUUUAAAGCAUAACUACAAUAAAAGCUAUUUGGAUGUUUUUAUGAUCAUAUUCCAUUCGACAUCUCAUGAAGAUGGAGCCAAUAUUUUUUAAACCAUUUCAUUUAUGUGCAACAUGUUUCACAAUGUGAUCUUGGCAACCUGCAGUAUUUUUGUGUAGGUGGCUAAGAAAGUUAUUAUAAAAUUGGAACAUAGAAAUGAGCUGUAUCAACUGCCAGAGCUGACAACGCAGUGCUAAAUGGGCCUUAGCAUGUUUCAGCCAGUCUGGCAGACUUGACACCUCAUUCCCAUUGUCAGGAAUACCUUCUCCCCAUCUAUAUCCAGGUUUACCCUUUAUAUUCAUGUAAAGAUUUAAGAUACAAAAAUAUAAUAAUUGAUCAUCAUUUUGUGUGAAAUUGUGAUGGCAUUUUAAUGUAUGUAGAGUUUUAAUAGAUUUAUAUUGCUACAAAAAUACACAUUUCUGAUAAUGUAGAACUUGUGCUGGGGCUCUAAGAAACAACUCAUGUAUUACAGUGCAGUACACUGAACUAAUUUCUUGCAGUAAUAUAGUACUGGUGAUCUGAGAGUCAGCAAAUACUGUACAGAGAACACUAUUUAUCAAAUGCAAUAUGAAUUACUUUAAUUUGUGUUACGAAAAUAUGGCUAUAGAGAUAAAUAAUACAAUAUUAAAAUACAGUAACAUGACCAUAAGUACUGUAUACAGAACUCAGUACUGAAGAUUAGAUACUGUAGCAAGCACAUUCAGUGUACAGUAAAAGACUACUAAAGAUCUGACAGCCAGCAGUUUAAGUAUUGCACAGUAUUGGGUCCAGUUGGUUAGAAGCUAUCCUGCCCCUCUCUCAAGACAUCCCGUGCAGGGUUGCGGGGAGGGGGGGGGGGGGGGGUUGAGGCUGCUUGGGGUCCUGUAGGGGUGAAGGGGGAUUUAUUUUCUCUUCAGUGCUGACACUGAGGACUCAGAGCCAUUGUAUAACACUGGAGUUACUGAUCGAAUAGAGUUCUUGUAAUUAUGUAGUGAAACAAAAUAAACUUUCAAUAAAA